AUGGAUAAUCCCCGGAAACGUUUAUGCCAAAGAGAUGGGGAAUCUGAAGAAGAAACAGAUCAGUUAUAUUUCAACGGUUAUGCCAGUAUAGAAGUUCAUGAAGAGAUGCUAAUGGAUACAGUACGGACAAUGACUUACCGGGAUGCCAUUUUGAAAAAUCAAGAUUUAUUUAAAGAUAAGAUUGUUGCUGAUAUUGGAGCUGGUACAGUUUAUGCAGUCGAGGCUAGCGAUAUGGCAAUACAGACACGGCUGGAGAUUGUUUUACCUGAGAAAGUAGAUAUAAUUGUCAGUGAAUGGAUGGGCUACUGUCUGUUGUAUGAAUCUAUGCUGAAAUCGGUGAUCCAUGCUCGAGAUUCAUGGUUAAAACCAGAAGGCUACCUCUUCCCGUCCACUGCUACUUUGCACAUUGCACCAUUUGUUGAUGAAGAAUAUGAAGACAGGCUUGGUCUUUGGGAAGAUAUGUCCAGUCGAUACAAAGUAGCAAUGAAAAGUAUGAUUCCCUUUGCCAAGAAAUGUAUUUCAGCAAAUGUUGAAUUAAAGCAGUUGAUGAUGGAAGACAUAGUAGCCUCACCACUCCAAGUUUGUCGACUAAACAUCCACAAAGUUACCCCCAGGGAUAUUGAAGACAUUGCUCAGAAUUUUGAAUUUAAAUGUUAUGGCUGGAACCGUGUUCAUGGAUUUACUUUAUGGUUUGAUGUUGAAUUCCCAGGAAAUAUUGUACUUUCAACUUCACCAUUUAAAGAAUCGUUUCACUGGUCACAAGUAGUGUUGUAUCUGGACGAACCAUUUCGAACUGUACAGGAUACUUUGAUAAGAGGUAGUAUCCGAUUGCAAAAAGGAAAACAACCAAGGGAUUUGGCUAUCCAAUUAAAAUAUUCUGUAGACAAUUCAGCAGAAAAAGAACAACUUUAUGACACAGGUUACUGGACUACAGGCGUUUCAUCAGUCACAUCACCCGAAAGAUAA